GUCGGGGCAGAGUCGCUCCAGAGGAAAAUAUUCAUCCCCACUUAACAUGUCAAUCAGGAUUAAUGGCCUUUCCAAACCUCCCCUCAGUUCACGCAGGUCCUUUCGGCAGCACAAGGGAAGCAGGGAAGGGGCGCUAAGAUAUAAAAGGCAGGACAGGAACUAGACGCCUCCAGGAGCGCAGCACUUCCAGGCGCGCAGUGGUUCCAAGAGCGCAGCAGUUGCAGGCGCGCGCAACGCGGAGCGCCGCCGGAUUAGAGUUUGACGCCUCUGUCUCCUGACGGCGUGGGGCUGACAGCUCCAAUGAUUUCCUCUGAGAGCCUGACGCCAGUCGAAUGAGAUGCCAUAAUUGCUUUUGGUUUCUUUUUUCAUCCGUGGAAUCCCGACAGUGAAACUUUGAGACUGUGGAUGACAGUGACAGCAGAGGCAGAGGGCUUUACGCUGAAGUGUCCCAGGAUGGAGCUGAGGAGCGCGUGGCGCGUGCUUCUCUUCCCGAUUCAAAUGCUGUAUCACAUCCUGAAGGCGAGUCUCUGCUCGCUCUUACCAAGCAGAAAGAAGGACUUGAGCAAAGAGGUGGUGCUGAUCACGGGCGGAGGUCGAGGCAUCGGUCGACACCUGGCCAAGGAGUUUGCCAAGCAGGGAGCCAAAAAGGUGAUCUUAUGGGGCAGAACAGAGAAGACUCUGAAAGAGACAGCAGAGGAGAUCGCCCUCUCGGGUACUGAGAGCCAUUACUUCCAGUGUGACGUGGCCAACAAAGAAGAAGUUUACAAGCAAGCCAAGUUGGUGAGAGAAAAGGUGGGAGAUGUCACAAUAUUAGUGAACAACGCGGCCGUCGUCCACGGCAAAGGUCUGAUGAGCAGCGACGACAACGCCCUUCUGAAAACCCAGCAUGUCAACACUCUGGGGCAGUUCUGGACGACAAAAGCCUUCCUCCCUCGGAUGCUGGAGCUGCAGCACGGUCACGUCGUCUGCAUUAACUCCAUCCUGUCUCAGUCUCCCAUCCCGGGGGUCAUAGAUUACUGCACCUCCAAGGCGUCCUCGCUGGCGUUCAUGGAGAGCCUGACGCUGGGCCUCCUGGACUGUCCGGGCGUCAGCUGCACCACGGUGCUUCCCUUCCACACCAACACAGAGAUGUUCCAGGGCAUGAGGAUCAGGUUUCCUCAGCUUUUUCCACCUCUAAAGCCUGAAGUAGUUGCUCAAAAGACUGUUGAUGCUGUCAGAACCAACAAGGCCUUCAUUUACCUGCCCUGGACAAUGCAUGCCCUUGUCAUCCUCAAAAGCUUCAUGCCACAAGUUGCUCUUGAAGAAAUCCAGAAGUUUACUGGGAGUUAUACCUGCAUGAACACAUUCAAAGGGAACACAUGAAGCUGGCUUGCUUGCAUUGAGAGAAAGCUCCGGAAGGUAAUGAAAGGAAAAUGGACCUCAAGGAUUUAAAAGUGGGAGAAUUGACCCAUAAUUCAACACACUGCGGACAUACAGGGCUGUUCCAUCUGCAGAUAAGCGUCAGUGCAUCCUGAACUCGUGUGCACAUGCAACCAUACAGGUUUUGUGUAGUAUAGAUGCCAGAAUCCAAGCCUCAAGCCAUAGGUGUGUAACAGUAGUUAUUUUGGAGGGCUUUUGUGACACCAGUUUGCUAUUUUUACAGUUCCCUUUUAUUCUGUUUUUAAUGUGUCUUAUCUGAACAAUAAAGUAUAAUUUUAGAGUA